UUCACUCACUAGCCCUCUCUUCUUUUUCUUUUUUUCAAUCCAAACAUAUCAUCUCAUAUGCCUCAUUCUCUACUUGAUUUCCUUUUCUUUUAUCUGCAGGUGCAAAAGGUAUCAUGAUUAAUCAUAUAUGUGUAUAUAUGCAUUUAUAUAUGCAUAUAUAUACACACCUCGUCAUGCCUUUUGAUCCAAGUAAUUAAAAUCCUCUGUUACCCUCCCAGCUUUCUAUGCCUUCUUUUGUCCCUUCCCUUUUUCAUCUCUCUGUGUCAACUUCACUAGUCCUUCUCUCUCAGAUAUUUCUCUGAUCCUCUCCCUUUUUAUAAUCAUCAACUACCACACCCUUCAUCUCCAUAUCUCAACCUUCAAUUUCUUUGUUUUUUUUCCUUCUGUCAUGGACCCUCAACAACAACAACAAAAUGAUCAAGACAGUAAUGGUGGCUGCAGAGGAGGAGUUGGAGUUGGAGGAGGAGGAUCUUCAUCAAGCUAUCUUUGCAGGCAAAGUAGUACUAGGUGGACACCCACAAGUGAGCAAAUAAGAAUCUUGAAAGACCUUUAUUACAACAAUGGAGUUAGGUCCCCAAGUGCAGAGCAGAUACAGAGGAUCUCUGCUAGACUCAGACAGUACGGUAAGAUUGAAGGGAAGAAUGUGUUUUAUUGGUUUCAGAACCACAAAGCCCGUGAAAGGCAGAAGAAAAGAUUCACUUCUACUGAUAUUACUGAUAUGGCACUCCCCAUGCAAAAAGCUACUUGGAAAACUGAUCAAGAUUAUUCUCUCCACAACAACCACAAGUACCAAAACAACAUUUCUACUACCACGCCUGGUGCUGUGUUUGGCUCUGUUGGAUACAUGGGGAACCAUGGCUAUGGUUCCAUGGCCUUGGAGAAGAACUUCAAGGGUUGCUCAGCAUCAGCUGCAGGAGGUGGGAAUGACAUUAAUGGUGGAACCAUAAGUCACAACUUUGGAUGGGUUGGUCAUGAAGAUCAUCAUCCUUAUAAUUAUCAUAAGAGAAGGUCAAUUGACUUGACUUUUCAAGAACAUCAAGAACAGGAAGAAGAAGAAGAAGAGGAGGAGGAAGAGGAAGCUGCACCAGAGAUUGAAACUCUCCCUUUGUUCCCCAUCCACGGCGAGGACAUCAAUGACUUCUACCAGAAAAAUAAUAACGAGUACUACUCCCAUGGCCAGUAUUACAGUAACUGGUAUCGCUCCGGUGAGGUUACCGGCCGUACUUCGUUGGAGCUCAGCCUCAGCUCCUACACCGGAAUAUCACCGGAUUAAUUCUAAUGUUCCCUCUCUGUUUGCCCUAAUUUAUAGAUCUAAUUAAUUAUUACGCUAAUUGUGCAUGGUUUAUUCAAAAGCUAGUUCAAACGAUGCUGUGAACUUGCCACUUGUUUUCAU